AUGAGUGAGUUAUCAUUUAUUUGUCUAAAUUCACCCAUGUGCUUCUGUUUGUCACCUUUCAAACAAGAAAGAAGCUAGCACACACACACACAGAUAGGCACACACACACACACUGACACACACAGAUAGGCACACACACACUGACACAUCAAUUCACAUACUGUAUAUGUGCCUCUGGUCGCAGAACCAUCAUCAUGACAACAGAGACAGAGAGCGAGACAGAAAUAAACAGAAAGAGACAGCGAGACAGAGAGACAGAGACAGAGAUAAGGUGCUCCCUCCCUCUCUCUCUCUCUCUCUCUCUCUCUCUUUCUCUCUCUCUCUGUUUCUCCCUCACUCUGUCUUUCUCUUUCCCUCUCUCCCUCUCCCUCCCUCCCUCCCUCCCUCCCUCCCUCCCUCCCUCCCUCCCUCCCUCCCUCCCUCCCUCCCUCCCUCCCUCCCUCCCUCCCUCCCUCUCUCUCCUCUCCUCUCCUCCCCUAGGGGAUGGGAUGUUCUCAGCAGUUGUAAAGCAGCCUGGCGGCUAGCAGACGGUCUGGCUCCACUGGCUGGCUGGGCAUAGACACACAGCCAGACAUUCUGUCAUGGGCUUCACUUUCACUGGGCUCAGCUAAACAAGCUCCCCCAGCACCAUGCAGGAACACACACACACACACACACACACACAAACAUACACACACACACACACACACACACACACACACACGCACAUGCACAGACGCCUAUAGACACAGGCAGGCAGACAGGGAGGCAUGAACACACACACAAACACACAUACACACACAAACGCCUAUAGACACAGGCAGGCAGACAGGGAGGGAGGCAUGAACACACACACAAACACUUCCUUCCCCGAUGCCUGAACAUGAUACUGAACACAGGAGCUGUUUACUCGGCCCUACUUGUCCAAACACACAUUGAUUUACGAGGAGAGAGACAGAGAUAGGGCCUGACGGAUGACAAUGUCUUUACUGUCAGACCAUACAACAUACGUGUGCAUUCUGACAUAUGCUCAUGCUCUGAGACUGCUAGGUGUGUAUUACAGUAGCUGUCCUGUCUCCUAUCCCUGCCUCCUAUCCCUGUGUCCUAUCCCUGUCUCCUAUCCCUGUCUCCUAUCCCUGCCUCCUAUCCCUGUCUCCUAUCCCUGUCUCCUAUCCCUGUCUCCUAUCCCUGCCUCCUAUCCCUGUCUCCUAUCCCUGUCUCCUAUUCCUGUCUCCUAUCCCUGUCUCCUAUCCCUGUCUCCUAUCCCUGCCUCCUAUCCCUGUCUCCUAUCCCUGUCUCCUAUUCCUGUCUCCUAUCCCUGUCUCCUAUCCCUGCCUCCUAUCCCUGUCUCCUAUCCCUGUCUCCUAUCCCUGUCUCCUAUCCCUGUCUCCUAUCCCUGUCUCCUAUCCCUGCCUCCUAUCCCUGCCUCCUAUCCCUGCCGCCUAUCCCUGUCUCCUUUCCCUGUCUCCUAUUCCUGUCUCCUAUCCCUGUCUCCUAUCCCUGCCUCCUAUCCCUGUCUCCUAUCCCUGUCUCCUAUCCCUGUCUCCUAUCCCUGACUCCUAUCCCUGCCUCCUAUCCCUGCCUCCUAUCCCUGCCUCCUAUCCCUGUCUCCUAUUCCUGUCUACUAUCCCUGUCUCCUAUCCCUGCCUCCUAUCCCUGUCUCCUAUCCCUGUUUCCUAUCCCUGUCUCCUAUCCCUGUCUCCUAUCCCUGUCUCCUAUCCCUGCCUCCUAUCCCUGUCUCCUAUCCCUGUCUCCUAUCCCUGCCUCCUAUCCCUGUCUCCUAUCCCUGUCUCCUAUCCCUGUCUCCUAUCCCUGUCUCCUAUCCCUGCCUCCUAUCCCUGCCUCCUAUCCCUGUUUCCUAUCCCUGUUUCCUAUCCCUGUCUCCUAUCCCUGUCUCCUAUCCCUGUCUCCUAUCCCUGCCUCCUAUCCCUGUCUCCUAUCCCUGUCUCCUAUCCCUGUCUCCUAUCCCUGUCUCCUAUCCCUGUUUCCUAUCCCUGCCUCCUAUCCCUGUCUCCUAUCCCUGUCUCCUAUCCCUGUCUCCUAUCCCUGCCUCCUAUCCCUGUCUCCUAUCCCUGCCUCCUAUCCCUGUCUCCUAUCCCUGUCUCCUAUCCCUGCCUCCUAUCCCUGUCUCCUAUCCCUGCCUCCUAUCCCUGUCUCCUAUCCCUGCCUCCUAUCCCUGUCUCCUAUCCCUGUCUCCUAUCCCUGUCUCCUAUCCCUGUCUCCUAUCCCUGCCUCCUAUCCCUGUCUCCUAUCCUUGCCUCCUAUCCCUGUCUUCUAUCCCUGCCUCCUAUCCCUGUCUCCUAUCCCUGUCUCCUAUCCCUGUCUUCUAUCCCUGUCUCCUAUCCCUGUCUCCUAUCCUUGCCUUAUCUGCUGACUGCAAUAGACACCUGA